AUGGCAGAAGACGAGGAAGCACCAAGCUUCAAACUUUUCGGGACGGUGAUCCUAAAGGGGGACGGACUAGGCAAGGAGGAGGAGGCGGCGCAGCCGGCGACGGAGCCGGCCGGGGUGGUGGAGGCGGUGGAGCCGGAGGAGGCGCUGCCAUGCCCCAGGUGCAAGAGCAAGAAGACCAAGUUUUGCUACUUCAACAACUACAACGUCAACCAGCCGCGGCACUUCUGCAAGGCCUGCCAUCGCUACUGGACCGCCGGGGGCGCCCUCCGGAACGUCCCCGUCGGAGCCGGCCGCCGUAGGGGAUGCCCCACUAACCGGCGGAGCACCUGGACCGGGCGACGGCAGGGCGGCGGCUCUUGA